AUGGCGGAGUGCGGCCGGAAGGCGCUGUCCCUCCUGGAGGCGGCCCGCUCCCGCUACGAGAGCCUGCAGAUAUCCGACGACGUGUUCGGCGAGUCCGGUGACGACAGCAGCGACAACCCGUUCUACAGCACCUCCGGAGACUCGGACUCAGACAACUACAUCGCUGAGGUGGGCGAGGAGGAACCCCACCAUCAUCAUCAUCCUCACCACUACCACCACCACCAUCACCAGAGACGGGCCGACAGAGAGAGCUCGCACGGCGGGAGAGCAGGCGGAGGUAGCCCAGGUCCUCCGGGUGCUCUGUCCCGGAGUCAAGCAGAAGAGGAGGGCUGGACGGAAACCCUGCAAGAUGUCACCGUUCCGCCGUAUAGAGGAUCUUACGGCCCUGCUCAAAAGAUGCCGGCAACCGCCAGCGCUUUGGACUUCUUCCAGCUUUUCGUGCCGGACAACUGCAUCCAAAACAUGGUGACGCAGACCAAUAUGUAUGCCAAAAAGUUCCAAGAGCGCUUCGGCUCGGACGAGGGCUGGCGUCCGGUCACAUCCCAGGAGAUGAAGGCCUUCCUGGGCUUCGUCACAUCCACCAGCGUGCACCAUUGCGAGUCAGUGCUCAGCAUCUGGAGCUCGGGCUUCUUCAGCAACCGCAGCAUCGCGCUCAAGAUGAGCCAAGCACGCUUCGAGAAGAUUCUGAAGUACUUCCACAUUGUGGCCUUUAGGCCAUCGCAGGGAAGCAACCAGGGCCUCUACAAAAUCCAGCCCUUCCUAGACUCGCUACAGCAGGCUUUCAGCUGCACGUUCAAGCCUUCACAGACACAGGUCCUUCAUGAACCUUUGAUAGACGAAGAUCCGGUUUUCAUCAGCACCUGUACGGAACGUGAGCAGAGGAAGAGGAAGAAGAGGAAGUUUAGUCUUUGGGUUCGACAAUGCACCUCCACAGGAUUCAUCUGUCAGGUCUCGGUGCAUCUGAAAGAGGGCCAAGGUGUGGACGGCCUGGGCGCCUUGAAGAACAAACCUCAGCUGCAUAGUCUGGUGGCCAAGCAGUUGUGCCAAAACAUUUCUGGCAAGAACACAAUCAUCUUCACGGGGCCAUCCAUCACUAGUCUCGGCCUUUUCAAAGAGUUCAGCAAGCAAGACAUAUAUUGCUGCGGUCUCCUUAGCACCAGAAAGAGCGACUGCACUGGUUUGCCUCAGAGCAUGCUAGUGUGCAGCUCCACGCCAGCGCAGCGCGGCCAGUGGCGGGUGAUGAUGCAAGGCAGCAUGUCGCUUAUCAGCUGGUACAACAAGGGACACUUCAGGUUCCUCACCAACGCGUACUCGCCUACCAAACAAGGUUUGAUUAUCAAGAGAAAAAGUGGCGAGGUUCCUUGUCCUCUGGCAGUGGAGGCCUUUGCAGCGCACCUCAGCUACAUUUGCAAAUACGAUGACAAAUUCAGCAAGUACUUUAUCUUCCACAAGCCCAACAAGACGUGGCAGCAGGUGUUCUGGCUGAGCAUCAGCAUUGCCAUCAACAACGCAUACGUCCUCUAUAAGAUGUCCGAUGCCUACGCCUCAAAGCGCUACAGCCGGGCACAGUUCGGCGAGAGACUGGUGAAGGAGCUGCUGGACGUCGAUGACGACUGCUCGCCCACGCCGUGA